AUGGGAGAAAUGGCAGGGAUCCAGUUGGGAGUUAUUGGGGCUCUGUUCCUCUCCGUUGCCUCUUCAGUCUCCAUUGUCAUCUGCAACAAAGCUUUGAUGAGCAAUCUAGGCUUCCCUUUUGCUACGACACUCACGAGUUGGCACCUGGUGGUGACAUUUUGCACACUCCAUGUGGCUCAUCGGUUCAACCUGUUCGAGUCGAAGUCGGUUGACAUGAAAACCGUGAUUCUUUUUGGGCUGCUCAAUGGUAUCUCAAUUGGGUUCCUUAACCUCAGCUUGGGUUUCAACUCCAUUGGCUUUUAUCAGAUGACAAAACUUGCAAUCAUCCCCUUCACUGUCUUAUUGGAAACACUCUUCCUGAACAAAAACUUCAGCCAAAAGAUAAAGUUUGCUCUCUUCCUGUUGCUUGUUGGAGUAGGGAUUGCCUCUGUGACAGAUAUGCAGCUCAAUGGCCUUGGCACCAUUCUGUCCCUUCUUGCCAUCCUAACAACCUGUGUUGGCCAAAUUCUGACAAACACAAUCCAGAAGAGGCUGAAUGUGUCAUCAACCCAGCUGCUCUACCAAUCAGCUCCAUUCCAGGCUGCAGUUCUCUUCAUCUCAGGACCUCUGGUUGACCAGUUCCUCACCAAGAAGAAUGUGUUUGCAUACAAAUACAAUCCCUUAGUAGUGACAUUCAUAUUGCUGUCAUGUGUGAUAGCUGUAGCAGUGAACUUCAGCACAUUCAUGGUGAUAGGAAAGACAUCUCCUGUGACAUACCAAGUUCUAGGGCACCUAAAGACAUGCCUUGUCCUACUGCUGGGUUAUACUUUGCUGCAUGACCCUUUCUCCAUGAGGAACAUUGUAGGGAUCCUUGUGGCCAUGGGUGGGAUGGUCUUGUACUCUUACUUCUGUACCCAAGAGAGCAAGAAGAAGCAUUCAGAUGACUUGCCAUUGAAAGGGUCUCAGGUAAAGGAGAAGGAGGGUGUGCUUACACCAUUGAUGGGAGUGCAAGAGAAGGAAAAUGCUGAGGCGAAGAAAUUGGCAAAGGACUCUGUUGUUUAG